AUUUACCAGCUGAACAUGGCUGGGUGCUACUGGUUGCCCAGCUCCACUAUUGAUCACGUAACACGAUGCAAGAACCUGGUAAAACUGAACUUGUCUGGGUGCCACGUCACCUCUCUCCGUCUCUCAAAGAUGCUGUCCACGCUCCAGCACCUGCGCUCCCUGGCGAUAGAUGUAAACCCGGGUUUCGAUGCCAGUCAGCUAAGCAGUGAGUGUAAAGCCACUCUUAGCCGUGUCUCGGAAUUGAAGCAAACCCUUUACACGCCAUCGUAUGGUGUUGUUCCAUGCUGCACUAGCCUUGAGAAACUGCUGCUUUAUUUUGAGAUCCUUGAUCGCUCGCGAGAAGGUUUUAUGCUCUCUGGGCAGCUAAUGGUAGGUGAGAGCAAUGUGCCCCAUUACCAGAACCUCCGCGUCUUCUAUGCCAGGCUGGCUCCUGGCUAUGUUAAUCAGGAGGUGGUGAGGCUGUACUUGGCGGUGCUAAGUGAUCGGACACCUGAGAACCUUCACGCCUUCCUUAUUUCUGCCCCCGGUAGCUUUGCGGAGACGGGAGCCACUAAAAACCUCCUGGACUCCAUGGCUCGAAAUGUACGUCUGGAUGCUUUACAAUUGCCCAAAGCCUGGAUUAAUGGCUCUGGGCUCCUGCAACACUUGAAGUUCAACAACCCUUUCUACUUCAGCUUUAGCCGAUGCACCUUAUCUGGUGGCCACCUGAUCCAGAGGGUUAUUAAUGGUGGGAGGGAUCUUAAAAGCUUGACCAGUUUGAAUCUCAGUGGCUGCGUUCACUGUCUGGCUCCGGAGUCCUUGUUUCGAAAAGCAGAAGAUGACAUUGACAGUAGCAUUCUGGAAAGCCUGGUAGUGUCUUGCUGCAACCUGAGACACCUCAACCUCUCUGCAGCUCACCAUCACAGCUCAGAAAGCGUAGGGAAUCACUUGUGCCAGCUUCUGUCCAGGCUAAAGCACCUGCUCUCAUUAGCACUACCAGUUUGCUCCAUCACAGAUGUUGCUGCAAAUGUGGAAAAACCUCCCAUGGCAUCUAAUUUGGUGCCCCAAACAUUUGGAAGGAAAGUGCGGAUUGGGAUACAGACAUAUCCGAGGAACUUGGCAGACCAGGCAAAUCGGAAGAUAGAGUCUUCGGUAUUCUGGGCUCUGAUGGGAAGCCUCCGAUUUUUGGAAACAUUGGAAAUAAUUGGGUCCAGUUUUUCCUCCGCCAUGCCCCGCAACGAGCCAGCAAUUCGGAACUCGUUGCCUCCUUGUGUCCGGGCACAAAGCGUGGGGGAUUCAGAGGUGGCUGCCAUUAGCCAAUUGACUUACUUGCAGAGCCUCACCUUAGCGCAACUGCCAAAUAUUCUUACUGGCUCUGGGCUUAUUAACAUUGGAUUGCAGUGCCAGCAUUUGCAGACUCUUUCGUUGGCCAACCUGGGCAUGAUGGGGAAAGUGGUCUAUAUGUCUGCUCUCAUGGACAUGCUGAAACACUGCAAGUGUUUGAGAGAUCUCAGGCUGGAACAGCCGUACUUCUGUGCGGGCGCCCAGUUCUUCCAGGCACUGAGUCAUUGCUCCUCUCUCCAGCGGCUUUGCAUCGUCUCCCGGAGUGGGACUCUGCAGUCUGACGCAGUGAUGUCAUUCAUGGCCAACUGCCUUGAGGUCAUCAUGUGCCACAUGUUUAUGGGAGAAUCUCUUACCGUUUGCAAAAAUCUCCAGCAAUCUAUUGUCCGGAGUUUCCAGGCGGACCGCCCUGCAUUAAAUGUCAUCAUUUUCCCUCUGCUUCAUGAGGACUUGACAGAGGUCAUCAGAGAUGUCCCCAUGCGGCACUUGGAUGAAAUUACCUUGUUUAAAAGCAGAGUGGCCGAGGAACCUCCUAACUUGUGGUGGUGACUGUCACAGCAUGGAAA